AUGGAAGCCUUCCCGGAAAUGCAUAGAAAGCCCGUGCAUGAGAGGAGGCUACUCAAGACAGCACACUACCUUGGACCUCAAGCUACAACUCAUGCCUGCAGCCUGUGGACUUGUCCUGCAGAUCUUGGACUUGCUGGUCUCCACAAUCAGGUCAGUUAUCUAGAAAGAUAUAGGACAUUGGAGACCUUGGAAAAAUACCUAGAAAGUAGAGAGAAAGCUCUUUUCCUUCCACGUGCCACUGAAGAUCUUGGUGUUGCCAUCGGCUGCUGCUUUGCCCGGUUAACCUGUUAUUGUAAGAACGAGUUGCUUCCAAAGUGCUGCUUCUGCAGAGGUGUACUUGGUGCCAAGAUCCACAUUUUUAACCUGGGGCAGAAGAAGGCAAAGGUGGAUGAGUCCCCACUAUGCAGCCACAUGGUGUCAAAUGAAUAUGAGCAGUUCUCUUCUGAAGCCCUGAAGGCUGCCAACAAGUACAUGGUGAAAAGCUGUAUCAAAGAUGGUUUUCACAUCCAAGUGCAGCUCUAUCCCUUCCACGUCAUCCGUAUCAACAAGAUGUUGCUCUGUGCUGGAGCUGACAGGCUCCAGACAGACCCACAUUUCCAAGAAUGUGGGGCAUUACUAAGUUUAAUGCAAAUGGAUUUGAAGAUAUGGUGGCUGAAAAGUGGCUCAUCUCAGAUGGCUGUGGAGUCUAAUACAUCCCUAAUCAGUGACCUAUUGGACAAAUGGCUGGCUCACACUCAUUAG